AUGUCAAUUCAAGGAUCGGACUGCAGUGAGAUUAAGAGGCUCCUGCCAGAGUCACGCAGUGGAGUUUAUAUGAUCCAUCCUGCUGCAAGCAGAAUCCCCUUCAAGGUGUACUGUGAGAUGCGUCCAGAUGGCGGCUGGACGGUGAUUCAGAAACGCACCGGAGAUAAAGUUUCCUUUCGAAGGAACUGGGCUUCAUAUGAAUAUGGUUUUGGUCACCUGACUUGGGACCACUGGCUUGGUUUGAAGAAGAUUCACUGGUUGACUCAGUCCAAGAGGACGACCUUGAGGGUGGACCUGUGGAACAAUGGAAAGAAAACUGCUUAUGCCCAGUAUCAGGACUUCAGUCUGGGGAUUCCAGAGUCGGGUUAUGAACUCCAUGUUGGGAGAUACUCAGGAACUGCAGGUGAUGCCAUCCGGGGUACCAACUCUGACACAAGCCAGAAUGGCUUUGCCUUCAGCACGUCAGAUCGGCCCAAUCUUGACUGCAAGGACUGCUUCGACUACCUCGGCAACGCUAUUAAGAGUUGCUCCGGUUUCUCUGGCGGCGGCUGGUGGUUCAGUGACUGUGGCUCCGCUAAUCUGAACGGUUAUCACAAUAUGGCAGACAUAUCGAGACUCCACUGGAUCACCUGGGAGGGCGUUUCCUGGAUCGAAGCCACCAGGAUGAUGAUCAAAUCUGAGUGA